AGUUACUUGAAAGAGCUGGUCAAAAGACGCAACUCGUUCGCAAACGUCACAUCUGAAAUUGUUGGUGUUUCCCAGUGCGCUUGAACGCAGCACCAAGGUUGGUUUCUACAGCAACGACUGACAACAGACGAAGAUGGUUUACAUCACAGAGGACCUCAUUCGUCGGCGGGCGGAACACAACGAGUGCCAAAUCUCAUCCCUGGAGGAGGUCUCUCUGCACCAGCAGGACAUCGAGAAGAUCGAGCACAUCGACAAGUGGUGCAGAGACCUCAAGAUCCUCUACCUGCAGAACAACCUUAUUCCAAGGAUCGAGAACCUGGGUCGCUUGAAGAAGCUGGAGUACUUGAAUCUGGCCUUGAACAACAUUGAAGUCAUUGAAAACCUUGAAGGCUGUGAGAGCCUUUGCAAGUUGGACCUGACGGUGAACUUCGUAGCUCGUCUGAGCAGCGUGCAGACGAUGAAAGACAACGUCCACCUGCGGGAGCUCUUCCUUGUGGGGAACCCAUGCACGCAGUUUGAAGGCUACAGAGACUUUGUGCUUGCUUCACUACCACAGCUGAAGUCGCUAGACGGGACAAAUGUCACAAGGUCGGAGAGGAUCAGAGCCUCUCAGGGGCUGGAGGAGGUGAGGAGGCGUGUCCUGGAACAAGAGGAGGAAUACCUGAAGAGGAGAGCCAUAGAGAAGGAGGAAGAGCACAGGAAGGGAACAGGGGACAAGACAGGAAGCCAGGAGACUGAAGGAGACAUUGGCAGCCCCGCCUUGGAGGACAAGCAGGAGUUGAAGGAGACGACUGAGUCAGAUGAGGAGCGACGGGAGAAGGAAUUCUGGAACACUCCUUGUCCUUUCACCCCGGAAUCCCGUCUGGAGGCUCACCGCCAUCUGGAGGAAAAUAAGCGGGCAAAAGAUAGAAGCAAAGAAAAGAAAGCAAAGCCCCCAAGGACUCUGAUAACUGCUGAUGGACGAGUCUUGAAUGUCAAUGAGCCAAAGCUGGGCUUUUCUCUGACUGAAGACGAUGACAACAACAGGAUCCUCCUAGAUCUGUCAGUGUACAGACACAUGGACACCUCCUUGAUGGAUGUGGACGUGCAGCCAACGUACAUCAGAGUCACCAUCAAAGGAAAGAUAUUCCAGUUGCUUCUGCCCUCUGAGGUCAAACCUGACAGCUCCACGGCUAAGAGGUCUCAAACUACGGGCCACCUGCUCAUCAACAUGCCAAAGGCUCAAGGCGAAAUCAAGGCGCUAAAGGCCGCCGCACGUCCGUACAGAGACGACCACCGCCAGCGCAAAUUGCCUGAUGACAAAAAGAGAGAGAAGAAUGUUCCAGAGAGGCUGGAAGUGGACGCCAGCAAGGUAUUGGACCUCGCCAACAUUGUACCACGCCACAAUGCCACGGAAGGUCCGCUGGAAGCGACACCAUGGAAACAAAUCCCUGUCCCCUCUGAGGACUUUGUGGACGAUUUCGACGUGCCGCCACUCAUUUAGUCCUCAGACCACUCCCUCCUGUACAAACUUACUAUUGUACAAUCCUGCUAACAUACUAAAUGCUAUCAUGCUAACUUACUAUCAUGCUAACAUACUAAAUGCUAUCAUGCGUUCAUGUUAUCAUGCACAUACCUGCAUGCUGUAAUUCUGUCAUGCUAUAAUCGUGUCCGUCUGUCAUGUUAUCAUACUAACGUCCUAAAAGCCAUCAUGCGUUCAUGCAACCACGUUGCCAUUUUGUAAUGUUAUGCUAACAUCAGAGCUGCCAAGUUUCAGAAAAUACAAAAAAAAUUAAAAUUGCAAGCAGCGAUGGAUGGGACCGAGUUUGACGGCACAUAAAAUCCAAACCGAAACAGUAAUUAAAACUCUUUGGUCAACUUUUAAUCAGAAGGGUUCAAUCUCUCUCCUGUGCUAGUUUAAAGCCGACACAAACAACGCGCUCAGAGGAGAUAAUGUUUGAAAAAAGGUGACCGGUUUUUACAAAACUUUUGUUUUGAAGGGGGAAUUGCAAACUUCCUGUUGAUUUUGCUGGGGGUUGUCAAUAUAUGAAAUGUUGGUCUAAGUGAGACCUACAUAGAGGUUUUCUCAUGUCUCUAAGACAUUCCUACUGGAAGUUAAAGGCAGUUUUGUCUGCGUUUUUUCCUAAGAGGGACUACAGCGCAAUUUUGAGUUUUGGGGUUUGGUUUUUUAUUAGAUGGCAAUUUUCGCCAGUCCUCAUGUGUGUGUCAAAUAUGGUGAGUUUUGAAGCAUGUAAAGGGGGUCAAAUUAAAGCUCAAAGAGGCGGCGGAAUAAUAAUAAUAAAACGCACGAAAUACAAUAGGGUCCUCUGUUUUGUCUGAGUUUUCCUCCUAGGAGCAGUUGUGUCUGUGUUUUUUCCUAGGGGGCGCAAGAGCGCAAUUUUGAGUUUUGGGGUUUGGUUUUUUUUAUUAGAUGGCAAUUUUCGCCAGUCCUGAUGUGUGUGUCAAAUAUGGUAAGUUUUGAAGCAUGUUAAGGGGGUCAAAUUAGAGCGCAAAGAGGCGGCGGAAUAAUAAUAAUAAAACGCACAAAAUACAAUAGGGUCCUCUGUCCCAAAGGGACAUUGCGGUCCCUAAUAAAACGCACAAAAUACAAUAGGGUCCUCUGUCCCAAAGGAACAUUGCGGUCCCUAAAAAUGGAGCCUUUUUUAAAAAACUGAUUUGGCCUGUUUUAACAUCCAUUUAUACCUUAAGAGUAAGACUAAUGUUUCUCACCUCGAACAGCUGUCUCUGCACUGUGGCCUCUUAAUGCUAGACUUAAUUAACCAGAAAUUAGAAAUGAAAAUCAUCUUCACUGUUUUCUCUGCUGGCUCUUCUGUCUCGUCCUCUGCAUCUGUGUUCUCAAUUUGCAUCUGUUCUACCUCUCCAUCCUCAAUCUCUUCUGAUCUCUCUUCAUCUUCCAGUGUUGCCAACUCCUCGGUAAGGACAGUAUAGCUAUUGGUUGUCAUUAAAGUUGGUAGAAGUUGAUGGAUGACAUUGGCUCAUUUGCAUCAUUGAUUAACAAUGUACGCUGUAAGAGAGGAAUAACGUGGUUGUAGACAUAAUUUAUUUAUUUAUAUUUAUUUAUUUGACAGGGACAGUACAAUUAAACAUUGCUACCCAUAGGUAACCAAUGUCAAAGUACCGGUACAUAAAGCUUCUUGCCACAGGCUAAUUUGCAACCCUCGUCCCUGGUUAGGUUUUUAAAGAAAAGUGAGUAAAAAAGUGAAAAACAUGAUAGGAUGAAUACAUUUUUUUCCUUUGAUUCUUAGUUGAGUUGAAUUUUAUGUUUUUCUUUGUUCUACAUUAUUAAAUGUUAGGAGUAUCAAAUCUGAUCAAAAGUCUGAAGGCUUGUGAUCUUCACAAACAAACACAGACUGGCUCAAUAGUUAACUUUUUUUUUUCCCCCAAAUGUGACAGUGAUGAGAUAUUCACAUUAAUCUCACUCUGUCAGAAUAAUUGUAUCUAAGUUAUCAGAAAACUUUGUGUUACAUUGAGUUGAGCUCGCCCUGCUAGAGUACAAACGCUGUCUUUGAUCCUACCAAACAAAAGGCUUGUAAAACUCCACUGUGUAGGAUGGGAAGCAACAUGAAGGUGUUCUGUUUCUUUGAUGUAUUGUAAUCCACAGAAAGAUUUUGUCUUGCCCCGAGAACUACAAAGCGUAGAGGAAGCAGGACCAGACUCCCCUCCAGGCGACCUUUUCUUUGAACUGUUUUACGACCUUUUCUUUGAACUGUUUUGUAAUCAAAGGCGAUGGCUGUUUACGACCCCCCUCCCUUAGAAACAGCUGUUGCCAUGUAAUCAGCAAAAGUCCAAAUAAAAGGAGGCGUACAAUCUUUCGUCAGAACAUGGAACACUGUACAAGGGUACAGAUGUAUGCGUUUAUCCUCAUUGAGCCAAAUUUAAUUCUGUCUCUGUUUAAUUCCUUGCUUCUUGUCUUAUUCAAUCGAUGUCAUCAGUGUUUGAACCUGACACACUCCAAUUAAGGCAGAAAAAGCGUCAUCUUUGCACAGGGUGUGCAUCUCCUCUCUGCUUGGACUGGAAUGGAAUGGACUUUAUUGUGAUUGCACUUAAAAAUACAAAGAAAUGUGUUUUCAGUAUAAACUGUCUUGUACGUUAAGAGCAUUUUGACUGAUACGUGCUGUCAUGUCUCCAAAACAUCCCAAAAAGUCACGAGAUACGCUGCUCGUCGCUUUUGAGAAAGAAAGUCACUAAGAG